AAAUUGUUUAACCGAGUUUUUGAACAAAACGCUACACCGUCAGGGUUGUAUGGUUUUGUAUCCUUUCAGCAUAAUUUGAUAAUUUUUUGUACACAGUUCUUACCACGUGUAUAUGCAGUCACAAAAAUUCAAAUUCUGAAUGAUUGGAUGCAACAAGUAAAUUGCUUAGCGCCCGAAUCACUUUGUUUGUGUGACUGUUGACAUCUUACACUUUGUCGACCACUGAUGCUAGCUCAAACCAGCCUCCAGCUAAUAAAAGAAUUAAAGCGCUCCCAACAAAGCAAAUUACCUCCUUAUGGUGAAGAUAAGAUCCGAAUAUGCUUGGAAGAAAUGCGAGUAUUAUAUGAUGCAAAUCAUCGUGAUGUAGCCCUUGUAUCUAACUCUUCGUCUGGGCCAUCAUCAUCAUAUGAAACAGAUGAUCAUAGUAAUAAAAUUCAAUCUGUUUUAGUCAGACAUGCUAUCUUGGAACGUAAUAAACGUUGUCUCCUUGCCUAUCACCAUGCUAGAUUAAUGCGAAUCAAAGAACUACGGUGGGAAUAUGGUAUUAUUCUACCUAAAGAUAUUCGUGAUAGUUUAUCGGAAGCAGAACAAGCAUGGUUUAAACACUAUUGUAGUUGUUUAGCGAAUUUCAUGCAAGCUGAUGGAUCAGAACGUGGAGGCGGUGGAAUGUUAGAUUUAACACAAUAUCGUACACCACCAAAAUCAUUAUUCCUGGAAGUUCGAUGUCUUCAAGAUUUUGGUGAAUUCGAAACAGAAGAUGGCAGUAUCUUACAUUUAACAAAAGGUAGUCAUCAUUUAAUGCAUCGAACUGAUUGUGAGGCUUUAAUUCGUCAAGGUAUUCUUGAACAUAUAACAGAAUGAAAUUAAACUGUCAUGUGUAAUUAUUAUCAUGUCCUAAAAAGAGAAUUAUACUGUACAUAUUUAGAUUUAUCAUGUUAUUAUUUUCAUGCAGAAGAUUUUAGACAAUGGGACAUCUAGGAAUGCAUUUGCUGUUAGCCCCCAAAUGCCCUGGUACGG